AUGAGUGUGUUAGGAGAGAAAGAUGCUGUGGCUGUCAAACAACUGGAUGCAGGCAUCCAGUGCAGCUGGAACUGGUCUUGGCUCAAGUUAGAAGUCAAAGUCACAGUGAAAGGACAAGAGCUGUCAUUUCAUCUGUCAGACCAGUUCAGGAAGAUCAGUAAGCAGGGGUUUGCACGGUGCAUUCUCUGUCAGAAAGACAUUAACUAUGCUAACAAGGGCAGCCAUGCACUGCAGGCACACUGUCAAACAGAAGUGCACAAGAAGAAGAUGCAGGUCAUAGCAUCAACACACAGUGUAGCCAGCACCUUUCUUCAAAGCAGAGGGACAGCAUUAACAAGCCAGGGACCAGAAAUAAUCAGGCAGCAGUGCCAGGCAAAGAUCCCUGUAUCGACUGUGAACCGCAUUGCAAAUGCAGAGGCAAUGGUCCUUGGAGUGAUCGCAGAGCAUUCCCUCCCAUUUGCUGUGGCUCCAGUUAUUGUGAAGCUCGCCCAGACUCUUGCUCUGGACAAAGUGGGUUUACAGGGAAUGAAGCUGUCGAGAACGGCAGCAUCGUAUAAGAUGAUCCAUGGUCUAGGGCGGACGUACUCUGAAAGGACCUUCUCCAACCUCAGGAGAUUUCCCUUUUCUUUAAAUUUGGAUGAAAGCAUGUCAAACAACAACAAAAAGGUCCUCUCCAUGCUCGUCUGCUACUUCCAUGCUGACUUGAGGAAGGUGAUGGUGGAGCAUUUGGGGUCCUUAGAGGUCGUGAAGGUGAACGCUGCCAACCUUGAGAGGUUGCUCUGUGAUUUCUUCAAGCAAAAUGACAUCCCUUGGAAAAAUCUUCAAGACUGGUCUUGA